AUGAAGCUCUCUCGAACAUUUCAGGGACUUCUCUUGUUAUGCGUGGCUCUUGGGACUGCCUCAGCACUAGAUAUACAUGGACGACAUGGUCACCACCUCAGAGACCCGCCAACUGUGCAAGUUCAUGUUUCAAAGAAGGUUGUAGAGUAUCCAGUGUAUAUUAGCGCUGUGAUUGAUGAUCCUACCAUUAUCAAUAUUUGGAAUGGUCCAGUUUUCAGCAUCACUGAACCCACUACACUUGUCACCAGCGUCUGGGCAACAUCUACUCUGACAGAGACUUCUACUGUAUUCAACACGGAAAUUGUAGCAACCAGGGAGACUAAGACCGUGAUUGAAACGGUCACAGAAACGGAACCAAGGUCUUACAUUACGCCGACUGCAUCUGGAUCAACUUCAUCUGGAGCAAUCAUCUUUGAAUCAUCUCCAGCAACUGCCAACCCCACCAGCACCCAUAAAUCUCAUUUUCUUGCCAUUGAGCCCGCUUUGACUCCCCGUCAAGCUCGACGUCGCGCGACGCAGAUUAGAACGUACCUUCGAUCUGACGGGUCAACGACCGAAGACCCUUCUAAAGCAAGUAUUUUUGAUAUAAUUAAUGGGCAGUUGGUGAGCGACGGACACUUCAUAUCGACCAACGCAACAAGUUAUUCUCUGUUUGCUGUCGGACUGGGGGCUCCAUACAGCACAACCUUUUCUCGGUCCGGAUCUGCUAUCUUAUGGAGCAAUAAUGCAUUUCCAAAUAAGUAUGCGUCGUUUUAUAUCUCGCCAUCCGGCGACAUAUUUGCUUCAUUCAGAGGAAGUGUACCAAAGGAUUUCGUGGCUGGCUCAUUGGUUCAUAUAGUUCGGUCUUCGACAUCUUCGACUUCAAGCUCCACUACUACAAAACAGUCACCAAUUACUUCAUCUAAAACUAGUACAACAACCACAACGGCGACCACUGCUUCCUCGUCAUCAAGUAUUGCUGCAGCUUCGCAGUCCUCUAGUCUCACGACUACGGGCGGUGCUUCAUCAUCCACGUCGAACGCUGCGAGUAGCAGUACGCAAACCAGUAGCACCGGUCAAUUCUCAUCUAGCCUCAUCAACACUAUAUCACCCAGCUCAGCGCCUUCAUCAAGCAAUGCAGUGUCAAGUGCAUCAAGUUCCCUGAGCUCCAGAGUGACUCCUUCGAUAAUCUCGUCGAUUGUCGCUGCGAGUUCAUCUACGACUUCAAGCAGCUUCAGCUCAAGUGCUUCAAGCAAUGCCCCGGCUAGUUCAAUCAGUUCUUCUCUUGUCAAUAGCAGCUCUAGACCCAAUGUUGCUAGCAGUGUUAGCUCAAGUACUGGCCUUGCGAGCACCAGUCCUUUUAGCAGCAGCGCCACAGGCACGGUCUCGGUCUCAAGCAAUUCGGGUGCUACAAUCAGCUCGAGCAGUACUACGUCUAGCGGCAUUUCUAGUUUAGUUUUGAGCAGCAGUUCGGGCGGUGCUGUAAGCAGCGCAACGAGCAGCGUAUCAAGUGGAAUAUCAUCCAGCCCUUCGAUAACAUCAACUGCCUCUCAGUCAUCUAGCACAUCUUCAUUGCGGGCUAUAUCCAGUGUAACGUCUAGUUUAGGGUCUAGCUUUCCAUCUAGCUUGACAUCCAGUCUCUCGAGCAUUCUAUCUGAAGUGUCCGUAUCCAGCCUUUCAUCUGGCGCUGCCUCAAGCUUGAGCAGCGUGGAGUCUAGUUUGACUGCUUCUUCCACAACGAGCACGACGCCGACGACGACGGCGACUUCGACGACGACCACGACUCAGGGUUCAGCGCCGACCUCAACCCCUGCGUCGCCCGAUGACGUUGCUGGUUGGGUUUCUCUGGGUUGUUAUACUGAGGCAACCAAUGGCAGGGCACUUGCCGGCGCAUCAACUGCUGGUGACAGCAACAAUCUUCAGACUUGUUCUACAUUUUGUUCAUCAUUCGAUUACUUUGGCGUUGAAUAUGGAAGGGAAUGCUACUGUGGAAACUCUCUAUCGGCUGGUUCAGUUCCUGCAACAGAUAAUGGGUGCAAUAUGGCCUGCAAUGGAAAUUCUGCCGAAACAUGUGGCGGUGGAAGUCGCCUCAAUCUCUAUGAAAGAGAUACUGCAGUCACAACAACCUCAGCAGCCGCUACUGCAACUCCGGUCACGGUCCUUGAAGUAGCUGACUUUGGCUAUCUUGGCUGCUAUACUGAAGGCACCAAUUCCAGGGCCCUUACCGGCGAGUCAAGUUCGGGAGACGCCAACACUGUUCAAUCAUGCGCAACAACAUGUUCUGGAUUUACCUACUUUGGCGUCGAAUAUAGCAGAGAAUGUUACUGCGGUAACGUACUUUCUGCCGGCGCUGUCGUGGCAAGCGAUGGAGGCUGCACAAUGACCUGCGCAGGAAAUUCGUCAGAGUACUGUGGCGGCCCGAGUAGACUCAAUAUAUACGAACUAAAUAGCCAGGCCACCGCAUCAGCAGCCCCUGCGACACAAACUGUCCUAGCUGCAGGCGACUUUGUCUCUAUUGGAUGCUAUACUGAAGCCACGAACGGCAGAGCACUUACAGACAAAUCGACCUCUUCAAAUUCCAACACAGUCGCGUCCUGCGCUAAUACAUGCUCGUCGUAUAAUUAUUUUGGCGUCGAAUAUGGCGCAGAAUGUUACUGCGGUAACACCAUCUCCGCCGGCUCCGUCUACACCACCGACGGCGGCUGCAACAUGGAUUGCUCCGGCGACGAAACCGAAUUCUGCGGCGGCCCGUCCCACUUGAACAUGUAUCAGAAGAACAGCACCACGCCGGGCUACGUCUUUAUGGGCUGCUACACGGAGGGCACCAACGCCCGGGCCCUGCCGGACAAAUCAACCGCCGGGAGCUCAAACACGGUCGAGUCGUGCUAUACCUUUUGUUCCGGGUACUCGUAUUUUGGCGUCGAGUAUAGUGAUGAAUGUUACUGCGGCAACACACUAUCCACUGGCUCCGUGCCUGCGACAGACAAUGGCUGCACGAUGCCAUGCGCGGGAAAUUCAACCGAGAUGUGCGGCGGCCCGAACCGGCUCGACUUGUACAUGACCGACUAG